GCUCUUUCUUUGCUGGGGCGCGUUGGUGGUCAAGAACAUAAGAUUCGGUUGCGCUGCAGUUCCAAUCAUUUCCUUCAGCUUCCAAAUAUCCCGUCGCGCCUCAACCUUCGUCUAUCAAGCGCGUCCGAUUAUCUCCAUCACUCGACCGCCGCGAGAUCCACUAUUACACCUCGCGCAAAGCUCCAUAACAAGACAUCACAACAUCUUGACGUGCGCAACAAACCACACAUAGCCAGAAGACAUGGCGCUUUUCGGUCAAGCCGCGGCGCCUGCUGCUACCAGCUCUACAACGGGAGACACAAGCAAAGAUGUUGAAGUGCCAGCCGGCCAAGUACCCAGCGACAGCAUAUCCGACCUCCAGUUCUCGCCAACCAACGACUUCCUCGCGGUAGGAAGCUGGGACAAGAAAGUCUACAUCUACGAAGUCAACGGCAAUGGCGCAAUGGGAAAGUGGAUGUUUGAGUGCCAGGGUCAUGUUCUGGGUGUGGGUUGGUCAAAGGAUGGCACACGCAUAGCAGCCGGCGACUCAACAGGUAUGCUCAAUAUUGUUGACUUCCGGACUGCCCCGGCCAGCGGUACUGUCCCCGCCCAGCAAGCCAAGGCUCAUGAGAAUGCCAUCAAGUGCGUACGCUGGUUCCAGACUGGCGGCAAGGACUAUGUUGCGACUGGCUCGUGGGACAAGACGGUCAAGUUUUGGGAUCUACAGGGUGCUGAACCCGUCGGCACGCUGCAAUGUCAGGAGCGCGUCUACAGCAUGGAUGUCAAAGAUCAAUUGCUCGUCAUUGCGACAGCAGAGCGCCACAUCCACAUGGUCAACUUGACCAACCCCACGACCAUUUACAAGACUAUCACCAGUCCACUUAAGUGGCAGACAAGAGUGGUUAGCUGUUUUACAGAUGCAACCGGUUUCGCUGUUGGCUCCAUCGAGGGCCGAUGCGCCAUCCAAUACGUCGAGGACAAGGAUACCAGUCUCAACUUCUCUUUUAAGUGCCACCGCCAACCCGACCCCAACGCUCGCGAAACCGCAAAGGUCUUCUCUGUAAAUGCCAUUUCCUUCCACCCACAACAUGGCACUUUCUCUACUGCCGGCUCCGACGGCACCUUCCACUUCUGGGACAAGGACGCAAAGCACCGCCUCAAGGGCUACCCUGAAGUCGGCGGCAGCAUCGUUGCGACGAGCUUCAGCAAAGACGGAAACAUUUUCGCAUAUGCAGUCAGCUACGACUGGAGUAAGGGCUACGGAGGCAACAACCAGCAGUACCCUAUCAAGAUCAAGCUUCACCCCAUUCUCGGGGAUGAAUGCAAACCACGUCCAGGAAGCAAGAAGAGGUAAUCCCUAAAUAUCUAGGGGUCACUCUCUCCCUUUUAGUUUCACCUGCUUCUUGUCUUGUUCGGGGCCUUUGCGAUUUCUAGCGCUGACAUAAUUCCCCCCCUCUUUGAAGAACGGACGUCCACAUGUAUUAUGGCGAGGACAACGGUGGUAGUAGUAGCGGGAAUGGAAGUGCACCAAGUGACAGCCUCAAACGGAGGAGGGAAUAGUAGGGGGACUCAUCUCCCAUUAUAUAUAUCUCUCUCCGUCCCUGUUUACUGUCUACAUGCUCCUAGAGAGAGAGGACCAUAUGUGCCGCAUGUGUGUUGUCUUCUCUUCUUGGUAGUUUUUGAUUUUUCUCAGGUAUUAGCGCUCUUCACAUUUUUUUUUUCAUGGAAUGGUAGAAAAUAUUAUUGGCAUAACGAAUAUGGAUUACUUCCCUCUUCAC